AGAGUCCUGCCUCUGGGCUGGCCACUGCACUCCCUGCCCUGCUGGGGAAGGAGAAGCCCCCAGAUCCUCUCCAGUGUCCCCAGACACAGAGAACUUAAGAUGGAUGACCCCUUCAUCGAGUGGACACUCUCAGAUGCCCAGGAAGGGGUUGAUGGUCCUAACCAGUCUUAACUGGCUGGAGCAUGCACUGGACACAGCUGACUCCAAGCUCCUGAAAAACAACUUGGGCAAACAUCGUACGGUUUAGUCUGAGUAAGAUCUGGAGGAUGUGCAAGUCUUUUGUAGCAACAACUAAAGCGACCUUAACAGUGAGGCCCAUGAGGCUCCCAGUUCCCACUGAGUGCCGCCCUGAAGGAUGUCCCAGCUCUCCUCCACCCUGAAGCGCUACACAGAAUCGGCCCGCUACACAGAUGCCCCUUAUGCCAAAUCAGGCUAUGGCAUCUACACUCCCUCCUCCUACGGGGCCAACCUGGCUGCCUCCUUCCUGGAGAAGGAGAAGCUUGGUUUCAAGCCCGGCCCCCCCACCAGCUUCCUCACCCGUCCCCAUACGUACGGCCCCCCCUCCAUCCUGGACUAUGAUGGAGGCCGCCCCCUGCUGAGACCCGAUGUCGUCGGGGGUGCUAAGCGUGCGGAGAGCCAGACUUGGGGCACCGAGCGGCCUUCAGGGAGUGGACUCAGCGGGGGCAGUGGAUUCCCUUAUGGAGUGACCACCAGCUCCCUCAGCUACCUGCCCAUCAAUGCCCGCGACCAGGGGGUAACCCUGACCCAGAAGAAGUUGAACAGUCAAUCAGACCUGGCCCGGGAUUUCUCCAGCCUCCGGACCUCAGAUAGCUACCGGCUAGACCUGGGCCGCAGCCCCAUGCUGGCCCGCACGCGCAAGGAGCUGUGUGCCCUGCAGGGGCUCUACCAAGCAGCCAGCCGCUCCGAGUACCUGGCCGACUACCUGGAGAACUACAGUCGCAAGGGCAGCGCACCGCAGGUGCCCACCCAGGCCCCUCACUCACGAGUCCCUGAAGUCCUCAGCCCCACCUACCGACCGAGUGGCCGUUACACUCUGUGGGAGAAGGGCAAGGGCCAGGCCCCUGUGUCUGGCUGCUCCAGCUCCCCAGGGCGAAACACCAUGAAUUCUAAGAGCACCCAGGGUCUGGCUGGUCUUCGAAACCUUGGGAACACGUGCUUCAUGAACUCCAUUCUGCAGUGCCUGAGCAACACCCGGGAGCUGAGGGACUACUGCCUCCAGAGGCUCUACAUGCGGGACCUCGGCCACAGCAGCAGUGCACACACAGCCCUUAUGGAAGAGUUUGCAAAACUAAUCCAGACCAUAUGGACCUCAUCCCCCAAUGAUGUGGUGAGCCCCUCUGAGUUCAAGACCCAGAUCCAGAGAUACGCACCGCGCUUCGUCGGCUAUAAUCAGCAGGACGCUCAGGAGUUUCUUCGCUUCCUUCUGGACGGGCUCCACAAUGAGGUGAACCGGGUCACAGCGAGGCCCAAGUCCAACCCCGAAAACCUCGACCAUCUUCCUGAUGAUGAGAAAGGGCGCCAGAUGUGGAGGAAAUAUCUAGAACGGGAAGACAGUCGGAUCGGGGAUCUCUUUGUCGGGCAGCUGAAGAGCUCCCUGACGUGUACGGAUUGUGGUUACUGUUCUACAGUCUUCGAUCCCUUCUGGGACCUGUCUCUGCCCAUUGCUAAGCGAGGUUAUCCUGAGGUGACGUUAAUGGACUGCAUGAGGCUCUUCACCAAAGAGGACGUGCUUGAUGGCGAUGAAAAGCCAACGUGCUGUCGCUGCCGAGCCAGAAAGCGGUGUAUCAAGAAGUUCUCCAUCCAGAGGUUCCCAAAGAUCUUGGUGCUCCAUCUGAAGCGGUUCUCAGAAUCCAGGGUACGAACCAGCAAGCUCACAACAUUUGUGAAUUUCCCACUAAGAGACCUGGACUUGAGAGAAUUUGCCUCAGAAAACACCAACCACGCUGUUUACAACCUGUAUGCUGUGUCCAAUCACUCCGGAACCACCAUGGGCGGCCAUUACACAGCCUACUGCCGGAGCCCGGUGACAGGCGAAUGGCACGCGUUCAAUGACUCCAGCGUCUCCCCCAUGUCCUCCAGCCAAGUGCGCACCAGCGACGCCUACUUGCUCUUCUACGAGUUGGCCAGUCCACCCUCCCGCAUGUAGCAACGAGGAGCUACAUCUCAUCCUUCCCCGUGGUGGCCCUACACCCUAAGUUUUUUUAAAAAGGCAAAAAAAGGCAAAAAAAAAAACCACCUGACUAAUAAGCGAAAAAUAAAGGAAAGUGACGCUGCCGAGCAGGAGUUGCUGCAGCCUGGCCGGGGUCUGGAGUGGGGAGCCUGGUGUCCCCGAGCCCCGCCUGGCAGGGAAGAUCGGCAGGACACAGACCGAGCCAGCACAGUGUCCCUCGGCUUCUCAUGUUUGCAUUUGUAAGCUUGUGGUUUCUUCCUGUGUGUGAUAAACAACAGCCGCCUGUGGGGAGAAAAGAUCCUCAUCCACUGGCCCACUGGCCGAGGCUCCAGCCCUGGCCUCCCGGAAAGACAGCGCCCUCUGGAGCCUGCUGGGGAGGAUCGCCGCCCGUCUUCACCUGGACCCUGUUCACCGGUCCAGGAGCAAGAAAAACACCCAUGAGCCAAGAGCCCUCUUAACGCUGCUAACUCCAGGGGGACAGAUGAGGGGGACGUCUUUGAAAAAAGCUGGUUUUGGUUUUUAAAAGCCCACCUUUUUUUUUUUUAAUUUACCGUAACUAAAGUUUUCAGACUGGAGAUGCUCUCUUUCACACCUCUUCACAGCUGGGACAUUGUGCUGGUCAUUUUUCUUUUUUUCCCUUAAUUCUUCAAAAUACAGCUUUUCUCGUGCCAGCCCCCAGUGGUGCUAGGUGGGAGUUGGCCAGGCCCCAAGCACAGCCACAGUAGACUGGGCUCUGACAGGUUUUUUGUUUGUUUUUUUAACAUUUUGGAUGGAAUCUAGUUGCCUCCAAGAAUUGUGCCUUAUAGCAUUUGGGGACCAGGGGGUAACUGCCCCUCCCUGAAAUAUCCCUCAGCCUCUUCCCUUUUCCCCAGUGCCAUGUUCAGAACCGCGGGGGGAGCCUCAGGGUCGUGCCCGUAGCCCCUGGCUUGUUUUGCAUUGCAGUGAGGUGAAGAGGAGAGCAGGUAAAAGGAGAUUUCUUCUGAUAGUGUUAUCAAGUUCUUCCCGCCCGCUUCCUCUAACCCAGCCCCGGGCUACUCCCCAGCUGUUGGAAGGAUAGCACGAGCCCCUUACCCUCGAGCUUCUCUCACCUUUAAUUUAUUCCUCCUUAACUAGCUUUUUCUCUCCGACCUUCCUGCCCCACCUCCCCUUCUCAGAGCCUCCUGACGUAGGCCCUUUGGACCGAGUUUCUCAGGGAUGCCCAUGCCGCCCCCAGCUCCUCUUGGCAUCGGUCUACAGUCCAACCUGGGAGCUGGAGCCUGGGUGUUUGGGGACAUCUUGCCUCGGUUGUAUGGUUCUUUCCCAUGGGCUUGAUUCUGCCCUAAGUAGUUGGGCAAAACUCUGUGCUGUCCCCUAGAAAGAAGCUGUUCAGCACCAAGGCACGGAGGUCUGUGCUUGGAGCUCUCUGCACACCCACACAGCUGGGCCCCACUUGUGCCCCUCGGAGUCCAGAACUUUCCAGUGUUCCCAGGAGGCAUCAGAAAAAGACACCCUGAGUCUAACUGGCCUGACACCCUUCUCCAGGGAAGACCUGUGAACCUGAGCCAAAGGGCUGGUGUACACUUGUUUACUGUGUAAGCAAGAGUAGAAGAAUGUGUGAUGUACAGUGGAACCUUGUACAGAAUAAAUAAUAGCUUUGAGAAAUAA